UUCAAACAUGGCUGCAAAGUCGGACGGGACGGGAGUGACGGCGGUCGUCUCCUUGCAGAAUUUAGGUCAACGCCCAGCUGAGAGCGAGGAGGGGGGCCCAGCGGCGGCCCUCGGAGCCCCGGUGCCGGGCGAGCAGGACUCCAGCUGCUGCCACAGUUCGUGUGUGCAUUCGGUGAUCCGCCAGCGCCAGGAGUACUCGCUGGCCGACUGCUGCUGGGUCCUGGGCGCGCUGCUCGUCUUUUUCUCGGACGGGGCCACCGACGUCUGGCUGGCCGUGGACUAUUACUUCCAAGGCGACUUCUGGUGGUUCGGGCUGACGCUCAUUUUUGUGGUGGUGCCGUCUGUGGUGGUGCAGGUGUUGAGUUUCAGGUGGUUCGUCUACGACUAUUCGAGAGGCGGCGGCAGCAGCGGCGCCCGAGCCCGGGCAGCGGCGGGAGGAGGAGCCGCCGCCACCGAGGAGGCAGCCGAUCAUUUCAGCACCAAGGAGAGCGAAGCGAGGCAGCGCUGGAAUGCAGGCUCUUCGCCUUGCUGCCGGCUAUGUAUGUGGUUCUUCCAGUCUCUCGUCCACAUCUUGCAGCUCGGACAGGUCUGGAGGUAUCUUAGAGCCAUGUAUCUUGGAAUUCAAAGCCGCUGGCACAGAGAACACGAGCGCCGGCACUUCUACUGGAGGAUGAUGUUUGAGAGUGCUGAUAUAAAUAUGUUACGCCUGCUGGAGACCUUCCUUAAAAGUGCACCUCAGCUUGUACUGCAACUAAGUAUUAUGGUGCAGAGAAACCAUAUUGGGAGCUUGCAAGGUCUAUCAGCAGCUGCAUCACUUCUUUCCCUUGCAUGGAUGAUAGCUUCCUACCAGAAGAUACUUCGGGACUCCCGGGAUGAUAAAAUGCCCAUGACCUAUAAGGCUGCUAUUACACAGAUUCUAUGGCACCUCUUCACCAUUGCUGCUCGAGUAAUUGCAUUUUCCUUGUUUGCCUCUGUUUUCCAACUAUACUUUGGAAUCUUCAUUGUCAGUCACUGGUGCAUCAUGACCUUCUGGAUAAUUCAUGGGGAAACAGACUUCUGUAUGUCCAAGUGGGAGGAGAUCAUUUAUAACAUGGUUGUCGGAAUUAUUUACAUUUUCUGUUGGUUUAAUGUUAAGGAAGGGAGGACUCGGUGUCGAAUGUUCACCUACUACUUCAUUACUUUUUGUGAAAAUGCUGCCUUGACUGUGCUCUGGUACUUGUACAGAGAUUCCCGUACAACAGACUUUGAAGCCUUAAUCAUAGUUUGUGUAGUGUUUAGUAGUUUUGCCCUUGGAAUAUUCUUCAUGUUUAUAUAUUAUGGUGCUUUGCACCCAAAUGGACCAAUGUUUGGUUCACAAGGAGGGUGUAUUGACGGUGGAGAACGAGACACUGCUACACACAUACCUGCACAGGUUAUAACAAGUCCACCCCGAGCAAUGACCCAGUGCCGGACUACAGCGGGUGAGCAGGUGCCAUCUGACCGAGACAGUUGCGUGCCUGUUUUUCAGGUAAGGCCCAGUGUCCCCCCUACACCAGUGUCACGCACACUGCGAACAGAAGGGCCUGUUAUCAGGAUUGACUUGCCCAGAAAACGGUAUCCUGCCUGGGAUGCGCACUUUAUCGACAGACGGCUGCGCAAAACCAUCCUGGCCUUGGAAUACACCUCGCCUGCCACUCCAUGCCUCCAGUACAGAAGCGUUAGCUUCACACAGGAAGUACUGGAAUAUGAAACUACUGUGUAGUCAUAUACAAGCAGAUCUAGAUGCAUGGAACAAUGUCACCCUUCUUAAGGGGUUCAAGUCUAUGUAGAAUAACGGUGCACUGCAGGGUUCCUACUCAACAACUGACCUUGCUCUGUCAUAACAGUAUGCAGAAGGCCUGUAUCUACAAAUGUGUCUUUGCAGAGGAGAUGUAGUAUUGCUGCCACACUCUGACUCUGUUGGAGUGGACUGGUCAGUUAUUUUUGUUCUUGCCUUUUACAGUAAAUGAUUUUUACAUUUGUUUUAAGAAAAUAAGAAUAGGUGCACACGGUUUUGUGUCACUCAAUUGUGAAAGGCCACACGCAGGUAAAUAUAUGGUACCUUGGGUUUAAACUUAGAAGUAUCAAACUUUUAGUUUUCUGAUUGUUUGGGGGAAAAAACAUGGUUUGCAUGUGAUGUUUAAAGUAUCAUGUCCAAAAUUUACUGUAGUUUAUUCUCCUUGACCAGUUUUUUCUUUAAAUGUCACAAACUAUUUGCCAAAUAGUGACCAAAUGUUAAGAGAGUAAUAACAGUACAAUAUGAUAUUCUGUAUAGUUAGACAACACACAUUGUUUGAACUUUUAAUCCCUGUACCCCUCAAGUCUAUUUUUUGAUGUAAGCAGGAUGUUUUUCUGAAGUUAUGAUGGUUCUGACAAUGAAAAUAUGUUUGACACUCUGUUGCAAACAAAAUAGACAAUUAUAGUAAUUCUUACAA